GCAUGUCCAUGUUGGUCCCUUGACGUCUUGUGCCUCGCAUAUUGACUCAACAUGAAUGACACGGACGAUGUCGCCAAUCGGCUUGCUGAGCUGCUGCGGCAUCCAGAUGAUUUGGAGAAAAUCACCUCACUGAAGAGUGAAUUCACGCGCAAGAAGGCCGCUGUCGACGGCCAGCUCCGUAUAGGUCUCAAGGAGCAGCUCGAAAUCACUCAGCAAGGAAUGUCUAGCAUUAGUGACGGCCAACACACUGUCAAUCUGAUCAAAGACGAAAUGAUAAAGAUUGAUCGUCUCUGUGUCGAAGCCCAAAACAUGAUUCAAGACUUCCCAUUCGUCGACAAGGUCGCCCAAACACAUCGCAACUUUGCUCAGGUCGAGGACAUGAAGGCUCAGAUUGAAUCCUUUGGCCGCAAUCUCGAUGAGCUGGAGCAGCUACUUCGCGAGGACGACGAGAAUGUCGAGAAUCAGGACAACCUCCUUGCUAUACACUACGGCCUCACCAAGUUACGCGACAUCCGCGACAUGGCCCUGGACUCGAUCAAAUCGUCAACCGAAGAUUCUGGCACCGAGCUGAUCAACAACCUCCAACUCGGCGAAACCGGUGUCACGUUGCAAGACCACUUUACGAGACUCGACGACGUUGUCGACUGGUUUGACGAACACGUAGGGUCUGCCUGUCUGAACCUGAUUCCUCUUGUCCAGUCAGGUAACAACGGCAUCAUCGUGCGUCUGGCCCUAAUUGUUGAGAAAGAGGAAGAGAAAGACCGCCAGGUCGAGGCACUGCAACACGCUCAUCGCGAGUUCAAAGACCUGGCCUCGCGUUUCAAAUCUAUGAACGCUGGUCAGAAAGAGCUGCGCGGCUACAAGGACAAAUUCUUAAAAGCCAUCGAGUACAACUGUCAAGCUCAGUUCGAUCAAGCUGGAGAGAGCUUCUUUGAGGACCCAGACAAGCUCGAGAAAAGCGUGCGAUGGUACUUCAAUGACCUCAAUACCGUCAAAUUGGGCAUGCAAACUCUUAUGCCCAGAAAGUGGCGUAUCUUCAAGACAUAUGUCGCCAUCUACCACAGACUCAUGCACGAUUUUCUCAUGUCCAAAGUCCAAGACGAUCAACUAAAUCCUCCACAUAUGCUGGCUGUUGUCCACUGGGUCACUAAAUACUACGCCAAGAUGGAGAAGCUGGGUGUACCUGCUGACCAACUUCAACCUCAUGUCAUUGAUGACAGAGAGGCAGACAUAAUCCGUGAAUACAGGACGCUCAUUACCAAUGCCGUCGAACAAUGGAUGGACCGCAUGUCUACUACGGACCAACAAACUUUCCUCGAACGUAAAGAUAACACACUUGACACUGAUGCUGAAGGUCACCUCCGCACCAAAACCUUGGGUGACUUGUGGCGUAUGCUUCGCGAGCAGCUCACAGUCGCAGCAUCUUCGGAUAGACCUGACGUCGUCGAGGGUGUUGUGGAAUCGAUGAUGCGCGCUCUCCAGUCAAGGCAAUCAAUGUGGCAGCAACUCAUCGACUCCGAGACCCAAAAGUACACUUCGCCUGCAAUGCAACAAGUUGAGCAGGAAGGUCUACAACCCCUACAAGACUGGCUCGUCGCAAUAGCCAACGAUCAGAUCGCAUGCAUCGACGAUCAAGAGGACCAAGGCCAGAUCUCAUACCUUACGACCUUUAGACGAGAAUAUGAGACAAUGGUCACACCUGCAUAUGCAAUCUCGUCAAACACUGAGCUCGACACUCUGCGUGAUGGCUAUGUCGAUCUUGGUACUCACUGCAUAUCGCUUUUCACUGCUCUCAUCUUCUCGGUCGAUUUCCGUGGUAUUCUUGCCGAGUUCUUCACUCCGACGUGGUACAACAAGAAAGCAAUGGCUCAAAUCAUCUCCACCUUCGAGGAUUACUUGGCCGACUAUUCUGAUGUCCUGCAUCCUUCUUUGAGGGAUGUUCUUGUCGAAGAACUCUCAGACGAACUGCUGGUACGUUACCUGUCAGCCAUUCGCAACCGAGGAGUCAAGUUUCGUCGUGGGGAUCCUUUCAACGAGAAGAUCAAAGACGAUGUCUUGACGGUGUUCAACUUCUUCUCUACCCAGGAAGCUUCAUUCCCUGCCAUCAAGGACAAGUGGAGAGCUGUCAAUGCCUUUGUCGAGCUCCUCAACGCUGAGAAAGGACCUGCAGUCGCGGAUGCGUACGAACAGUUCAAGAGAGAGAACUGGGACUUGCAAAUUGGUUGGGUUGAGGCCGUCUUGAGGACCCGUGAUGAUUGCGACAGGUCCUUGAUUGGACUCGUCAAAGCUCGGGCUGCCGAAGUUGAAGUCGAGAGAGGAAUGGAGACUGUCAUGAGCAAAGUGAGAUGAUAAUGAUAAGGUUGCCUGUUUGUUUUCUGUUGGAACUAUGCGGACUUGUGUUCGGCGUGGAGGCUUGAAUUGAGUUUUGGUUCCUGCAUGGGUUCUGCACACCCUGUUUGUUGGUGGUAGCAAGGCGUUCCUGCGGGUGAGGUCAAAAAAGAUACCCGGUUUGAUUAGAAACUCUUGAUAUAGAAAGAGUAGACUAUCGCUGUCCACUGUCGGACAUUAUUCACUCUCUAGCCCAAGCACGAUACAUUAAUCACGGGAAAGCGCAAUCACAUUCUGAGCCCCUUUUGGCGUUUCGAUAGUCAUGCAAGAG